AUGACUUCCACUAUUAACACACCACUGUCUCAGAUAACCGAGGAGCAAGACUCAAAGUCAUCAAUACCAGAACAACAAAUAUCCAAAGAUAAUAAUAAUACUUUAAAUGCUUCUAGUACUGCCGUGGGAACACGGCAGUCACCAACAACACCAACAAAAACACCUUCUGCCGCCACAAAGCUAGUAAAUAAAUUCGCGACUUUUACACCAAGUAGAAUGAAAAAUAAAGGGUCGGAUAGACAACUUAUCGUAGAGACCGCUUAUUGUGGUAAGAAAGACUCGCAACAGUCCGACUUACUGCGCCCAGCGAAAUCAACCGAGACAAUGCAAAAGCCCAAAAAGAAAAAGCGGACGCCAAAUAUAACUGAAGGAAUGUCACGCGCGGAGAUAUUUGCCGCUAAUGUAGCUAGUGCUGUUGAUGCUGCUGAAGCCGAACCGGAUGAAGAUGAAGACUUUAUAUACGGGGACAGAGGACAUACCCGUACACCAUCAUUAACAAGUACUAACAGUGGUGGUGGUGUUGGUAAUGCGGCUGCACCUAAUGGUAAUGGAAUAAAUCAGCAACCACCACCACCAACCUUCACAUAUCCACACAUGCCACCAGAUCAUAAUAAUUACGGAUAUCCACCAAACCAUCAUGCUCAUUAUCAAUAUCCAGGCUUAUAUGUGCCUGCAUCAUUGCCAAAUUCAAGGCGACCUUUCUAUGGCGGUGGUGUAUUUUAUAGUAAUGGUAGCACGCCUGGCUCAGACACAGAUGAUGGUAGUAAUAGAAAAGGGACCACACCAAAUAAUCUACUUUCUCCCACACAUAAACCAACUGGUGUGAUGCGUGCUUCUUUACCCGAUAUGUCACAAUAUUCGAAAGGACAUCCGAAUUAUGGGGCAACCGGUUAUUACUAUAAUGAUCCGUUUUAUCAUGAUUGGUAUGGUGUGGGAGAUGAUGAACGGUUACCAUUGUUUGCUAAGUGGAGGCCACCUUACGAAGAUCAGAGAAGGACUUGUUGCACAUCGACAACCUUCUCUUUAACAACCUUUCUAAUAUUUUCGAUCGUCGCCUUUUGUUACCUAAUAUAUUUUGCUUCAUCACAACCAUUGACCGAGGUUGCAAUCAUCGAUAUUGCCAAUGUACUUGCUGCAGACAAGGAACUGAUGUUUGAUAUGUAUGUAAGAGCACGGAACCUCGAUAUCUGGGACGUGAAAAUUAUGGACGCGGAUAUUAAGUCGUUAACCGAGUCGGCACCAAGCGAGUUAGGACAAAUACUUAAUUUUGAUGAGCCGCUGGUAUUCCAGGCAAGCACUAAUCGUACUGGCGUGGUACAAGUAGCUACUGCCCAAGUCACCUUAAGGAACCCGGGUGGUAAAGAUGAUCAGGAAGCACAAGAAAACUGGUCUUAUUUACUUCGUCAAGGAUUCCAAUUGACUGUUCGCGGAAUAUUAAAGUACUCGUUACCCUUCUCAAAAGAUCAAGUGGCUCGAUUAUUGUUUGGAUUUUUUCCAGUUGCGGGUGAUUGA